GGCGCCAAAACACACCAAUUCCAACGGCCUCGCCGCGCUCCCCUCCUCUACAAAAAACCCCGCAGAUCUACGGGCGUUUUCAUCCUCUCCCCCGUUCCCCUCCUUCCCCCGACCGAACGGCGACGCGCUCGAUGGACUCCGCCGCCGGCGCCGAGGCUUCCGCGGCCGCCACACAGGCACAGCCCCUGCCUCCUUACCAGCCCCCGCCGCGGCUUGUGCUCGAAGGCGAUGGAAGCGGUCUGGGCGGCGCUGCGCGGGCCUUCCGGCACCACGCCUACAGCCGCAAGCAGAAGUCCCUCGGCCUGCUCUGCUCCAACUUUGUGGCGCUGUAUGACCGAGACGACGUGGAGACGGUGGGGCUGGAUGACGCCGCCAGGCGGCUCGGCGUCGAGAGGCGCCGGAUCUACGACAUCGUCAACGUGCUAGAGAGCGUCGGAAUUCUCGUCAGGAGGGCCAAGAAUCGUUACACAUGGAUCGGCUUUGAGGGCGUCCCUGCAGCACUCAAGGAGCUCAAGGAGAGGGCAUUGAGGGAGAUGUCCGGCUUGGUGUCGCCACUGCUGGAGGAACCAUCUGCUACCAAUGUAUCGGAUGAUGAAGAUGAAGAUGAUAAAUUGGGUGAUGCUGAUGGGGAUGCUGAGAGCGAGAAGCUUAGCCAGUCUAUGGACACUACUUCGGAUAAGCUUAGCCAGUCAAUGGACACUACUUCUGAUAAGCCAGACACACCCCGUUGCCAGCUUAGAUCUGAUCAUAGGAAGGAGAAGUCACUUGGGCUGCUCACUCAGAAUUUUGUCAAGCUCUUCCUUACAAUGGAGGUUGAGACGAUCUCACUUGAUGAGGCUGCAAGGCUGCUCCUUGGAGAGAGACACGCUGAGAGCAAUAUGAGAACUAAAGUUCGACGACUGUAUGACAUUGCCAAUGUGCUAUCUUCUUUGAACCUUAUUGAGAAGACACAACAAGUGGAUUCAAGAAAACCUGCAUUCAGGUGGCUUGGCCAGGCCAAGCGAAAGGAAGGGGACGAUGUCACAGUUGCUUUACCACCAACUAGGACGAUAUUGUCUAACAAGAGGGCGUUCGGUACUGAUAUCACCAACAUUGACACUAAGAGGAGCAAGUGGGACUCAGGAACAGAGAACAAAAGCAAGCUCAUGCAGGGUGAUGGCAGCAUGUCGAGAACUUUUGAGAAUCAGCUGGGGCAAGGGAAGAGCAGUGGCUUUGUUUACGGGCCUUUCCACCCUGCUGGUGCAAGGAAACAGGAACUUGAUCGCGCUUUAAGGGAGAAGGAGAGGAAGAAUAUUCAAGAUUGGGAAAAUCUUACUAAAUCGUUGCAGUACCAAAAUCCAACAAUAAAUGGUCUUUUUGGUCAUUACGCGGAAGCAUGGAGAUCAUGGUACUUAGACUUUACGCGGGAUGAUCCAUCAACAUCAUGAAGCACAGUUUAGCUGGGUCUGUUGUAAACCAAUUCUUGUAGGCAGAUCAACUCAUCUGUCGAUGACAUUAGGAAUUCGAUCUGUACAAGAUGUCAUAAAAACAGAAGGCUCAUUUGGCCUCUGCUCGAUGUAUUUACUCAGUGUAAGAAAGCAGAAAAAUAAUACACCUGGCUAUCAUUUGUUUUUCGGCAACGUGCUGUUGUUAGCACCAAGAAUUCUACCAGUUUCAUGUUUA